AUGGCCGAAAAAGAAGCUUCAAUAAACACUCAUCCCAACGAAACCCCAAAUUCCCAAAGCACAUCAUCUGGAGCUUUAACAGAGUUACCACCAUCUGAACAAGACCCUAAUCUGGUGACAUGGAAUGGUCCCGAGGACCCGGGACAUCCAAGGAAUUGGCCGUUGGGCAAGAAAUGGGCGACCCUCGUUCCCAUGUCGCUGUUCACUUUUCUAACUUCCAUGAGCUCAGCUAUAAUGGCCCCAGCCCUACAUAACAUUCAGCAAGACCUCCACUUCUCGUCUAGUACGAUGAGCGUUAUAUCCCUGUCUGUUUACAUGCUGGGAAUGGCAAUCGUGCCACUAUUCACGGCGCCUUUGUCAGAAGUAUUUGGAAGGAUGAUAAUCCUCCAAGUUACUGACAUAUUUUUCAUCAUCUUUAACACCCUAUGUGGAAUUGCCAGAACACCAAAUCAGCUGAUUGGCCUCCGUUUUCUGGCUGGUCUGGGCGGCGCAGGAGCUAACACGAUGGGCGCUGGCUUCACCUCAGACCUAUUUGAGCCUAACAAGCGCGGUAGUGCUCUGUCUCUCUAUCUCCUCGCCCCUUCGCUCGGCAUGACAUUCGGCCCUAUCGCUGGCGGCUUUCUCGUCCAGUACACGACGUGGCCAUGGUGCUUCUAUUUUGUAUCCAUCGUGGCUGGCGCAGUGCAAGUUUUCGGUCUGCCCUUCAUUCGCGAGACUUAUGCGCCAGUUUUGCUGCAAAGAAGGUGUAAGCAUUUACGGAAAAGCACCAAGAACCGAAACCUGUACACCAACCACGACAGCGUCUCCCUGCCUUAUCUACUCCGGCUUAGCCUCGUUCGACCAAUUAAGUUGCUUGCCAUACAACCGGUGGUGCAAGUCUGGAGUCUGUAUUGUGCAUACAUCUUCGGGAUUCUAUACCUACUGAUUUCGAGCUUCCCCACUGUAUGGACAGGCACAUACGGAGAAUCCGUGUCUAUCGGCUCCCUCAACUAUAUUUCUUUAUUCCUGGGUAUGACUUUUGCUUCGCAGGUAGGAAUGCGUCUCGCCAACCGGUCCUAUAGAGAGCUGUGCAGUCAGCAUGGUGGACACAGCUUGCCCGAGUUCCGCCUGCCGGCCCUGAUGAUCGGUGCGGUGAUUAUUCCUAUCGGGCUUCUGUGGUAUGUAUGGAGUGCUCGACCAAAUGUUCACUGGAUAAUGCCAAAUAUCGGCGCAGCUAUUUACGGUGCCGGCGCGCUACAUGAAAUCCAAUGCAUAGUAGGGUACAUAAUGGAUACAUACCCCAAAUAUGCUUCCAGUGCGGUAGCGGCGGUUAUGUUCGUUCGAAGUCUGCUUUCCUUUGCGUUGCCGCUAGCCGCGCCGAGGCUGUAUGGCAAUCUCGGCCUCGGAUGGGGGAAUACACUCCUGGCUUUAAUUGCGGUUGUGGUGGGCAUUCCGGCGCCGAUAUUGUUGAAACGAUAUGGGGUGGCGCUGCGGCGACGAAGUCCAUAUGCGCGGGAUGACUAG